GCUUUGUCACUGCUUCUUAUUGUGUGUCGUUCCCAAAAUCCUUGCAAAAUCCCUUAUCUUGUGUUGUUCCCGCGCGCACGGUCUGUGAUCAAAGUUGUUUCAAUUUCAUCCAAGACCCAAGUCAGGAGGCGCUCCGUAUGCCGUCGACCAAGGAGCACAGUCGCGGUCGGCGGCUGGCCGGCGGUGUGUCCAUGUCGCGCCAGCAGCGCUACCUGGUCACAGUCUGUGUGCAUGUGUUCCGUGCGUCGCUGCUGCGCGAGUGCCGCUUCGUCGCGCAACUGUCGCGCACCAGUGUUAUCACGCCAGCCGUGGUGCGCGUGGCCUCUAUGCGCCUGAUGCUGCGCAACGAGAGAAUGUGGGACUGAGCGGAGAAGUACAUCAGAGAGGACCGAGCGGCUGUGACCGACGCGGAAAGGAGUGGACGGAGUGACCGUUGCGAUGAACUCAGUCAACAGACGAAGUGUGAAGCGCUGACUGGAGAAGUGCAGCGGAAGUGCGACAGCUGGCUCAUACGGUACCAGUGAUCAUGGACUGCAACUGGUGAGGUGCAGUGUCAAUGAAACUGUAACGGUCGGCCUUUAGCCGAAUACACGGUGUUUUUUUAGUCAUGUUUGCGUUUGAAGAGACAGUGGCGGCGGACGAUUCGGCGACGUGGCGGCGGCUGUGCGGCACGCCGCGGUUCUCUCCGCUAUCAAAGGACGGCAGCUUCUUGUCUCCCUGCUGCGAGGCGCUGGCGGUGGCCACGCCGGCUGCCGUGCUGUACCUGAUAGCGGCCGCGUUCUGUCUGGACGGUGCCCUGCGGCGCUCAGAGGUGGUGAGCCGCCCGCCGACCGGCCGCCGCCUCGUCACCGCCCGUCUGUGGCUGACGGGACCGCUGGCGGCGGCCGCUGCCGCCCGGCUGGCCGCGUUCGCCGCGCUCACCGACCGCUGGUGGGUGGCGGCCGCUCUGGCGCCCGUGGUGCUGACCCUCGCCUGGCUGGCGGCGGCGCUGGUGGCAGCAGCGGUGCGCGACCGGCUGCCGUGCGGCUCGCGCGGCCCGCUGGCGCUGCUGCUGGCCGAGCUGCUGCUGCUGGGUGUGGGCGGUGUGCAGCUGGCCGGCAGCGUGCUGCGCUGGCGGGCCACCGGCGCCACCCUGCCGCUGGCACAGCUCAGCUGUGACGCCGCCUACCUGGCACUGGCGGUGCUGCGCCUGCUCACACAGCUCCCGCAGUACCCGGCCGACCAAGACCCGGCUGCCGGGGACCGAACUCCCCUGGUGACUGAGCCCGUCACCCCAGGCCGCCCUCUCGGUGUGGCGGAGGACGGGGCCGGCUGGCUCUCAGUUCUCACCUUCUGGUGGGCGCAGCCACUGAUGCGGCGCGGUCGCCAACGUCAGCUAUACGACAUCACCGACCUACACACACUGCCGGCGGCACUGAACACGGACAGAGUGGACGCCCGGUUCACGGCCUGCCUGCGCCGGCGGACCGCUCAGUUGAGGGAGGCUGCCGCUGCUGACUCUGAACCGGAGCGCCUGCUACCGCCGGCCGCCGGGCCGGAGAGCCAGCAGGUCUCGUUACUGGGUGUGCUGCUUCGCUCGUUCGGUGCCGAGUACCUCCUGCUGGGCGUCCUGAAACUGGUGGCCGACCUGUCCACGUUCGCCGGGCCGCUGCUGCUCAACGCCAUCAUUACUUUCAUCGAGGACCCCCGUCAACCCAUGACGCGUGGCUAUGUCUACGCGGCUACCAUCUGUGCUGCGAACGUCAUCGGCGUGCUGUGCACCACCCAGUACGACUACCGACUGGCCAAGGUGGGACUGAAGGUUCGGGCCGCCUUCGUCUCCACCAUCUACAGGAAGAUCCUGGACGUGCCGCUGGCCCAGCUGGCCAGACUCAGCUCGGGCGAGGUCAUGACCUUCAUGUCGGUGGACACGGAUCGUGUCGUCAACCUGUGCAGCAGCUUCCACGCCUUCUGGAGCCUGCCCGUUCAGUUCGGAGUCACUCUGUACCUGCUCUACUGGCAAAUCGGCGUCUCGUUUCUGUCCGGUCUCGUGUUCGCCAUCGCCCUGGUGCCGCUCAACAAGUGGAUCGCCAAUAAAACCGGCCAGUACAGCGCUGGGAUGCUGGAGCACAAGGACCACCGCGUCAAGCUGACCUCGGAAGUGCUCCAGGGAAUCCGCACCGUCAAAUUCAGCAGCUGGGAGAGCUUCUUCACGGCACUGAUCGGCGUGCGUCGUACGGAAGAGGUGCGUUUUCUGAAGAAGCAGAAGUACCUGGACGCGUGGUGUGUGUUCUUCUGGGCCACCACACCGGUGCUGAUGUGUCUGCUGACGUUUGGAACCUACGUGCUGCUCGGAAACCGGCUCACCGCCGCCACGGUUUUUACGACGAUCGCGCUGCUCAACAUGCUGAAGGGCCCGAUAAACGCCUACCCGUGGGCUUUGAACGGCCUGAUCGACUCACUGGUCUCCAUCCGACGCGUGCAGCGGCUGCUGGCGCUGCCUGACAUGGAUCCGGACCAGUAUUACUGCGAUAAGGAUGAUCUGCCGCACAACAUCGCUGACGCCGACAUCGCCAUCCACCAGGGAUUCUUCCACUGGGGAGCGGCGUCUCCCUCAUCGGACGGAGCCGCGGGACGGCAGUCAGCCGGCCCCGAGGAGCCCUCGCCAGGAGCCUCGGCUGAGACCGAGACCACCAUGUCUGAAGUGCUCUACUCGGGAAACGCGCGACAUCAGAUCAAACUGUGGGGCGUCAGCUUGGCUGCCUGGCCGGGUCAGGUGGUCGGCGUGAUGGGUCCCGUCGGCUGCGGCAAGUCCAGCCUGCUGUACGCCGUGCUUGGGGAACUUCUGAAGGAGGAUGGUCUGGUACACCUGACCGACCGACACCGCGCCGUGGGGCUCGUCUCGCAGGAGCCGUGGCUCCAGCAGGGCACCGUGAGGGAUAACAUACUGUUCGGCGCCGCCUAUAACGUCGAAAAGUACAGGUCUGUGGUGUCGGCCUGCGCGCUGACCUCUGACCUGGAGACGCUGCCGGCCGGUGACCUGACGCCGGUCACACAGAACGGGGCCAGCCUGAGCGGCGGCCAGAGGGUGCGCGUGGCGCUGGCCAGGGCUGUCUACCAGGAUUUACAGGUGUACCUUUUGGACGACAUUUUCUCGUCGCUGGACCCGCGCGUGGCCGAGCACGUGAUGCGCCAGUGUGUGCGCCGCCUGCUGCGCGGAGCCACGGUGGUGCUGUGCGGCCAUCAGAGGCCGCUGCUGAGGCUCACCGAUCACCUAGUGGUCAUGGACAAGGGAUACGUCACCAGACAGGGACCGCCGUCGGAGAUUCUCGCCGAGAUCCCUGACUCUCCGACUGACUCCGAGCCGACCUUCUCCUCCUCUUCCUCCUCCACCGACGACUCUCCGUCUGUGGCCGAGCCGUCCGACGCCGUACAGGAGGAGGACAGGGUUCUGGGCGCCGUGCGCUGGCCGGUGUACAAGGCCUACUACCGGGCUGUCGGUCGGCUCCUGGCGCCAAUCGUACUGCUCACUGUGGCUGCCAUGCAGGCCAGCAGCAACGCCACCGACCUAUGGCUGGGUUUCUUCGUCACAUCCACCACCGGCGCCAACAGCACGGCCGCGCCUCCCUCUCCAGAACCACAAUCUCUGCUCUGGCUGCGACUGCAGGCGGGUCCCGUGCCGGCGCCGGCCGGCAGCGACCACCAGCGGCGGUUUUUCGAGGUGUACGGCGGUAUAGCGGCUGGGAACGCCGUGCUGGCCAUUAUGAGGUCGUUCCUGUUCGCGUAUGGAGGAGUGCGAGCGGCUCGAGUGGUGCAUGAUGGCCUACUGCAGGCGGUGCUGAAGGCGGACCUGUCGUUUUUCUCGAUGAACCCCGUGGGCCGUAUCGUCAAUCGGUUCUCCUCCGACCUGUUCACCGUGGACAGCUCUCUGCCGUUCAUUUUGAACAUCUUGCUGGCACAGUUCGCCGGACUGACAGGUUUUGUGGUGGUGACCGUCAUCAGCCUCCCGUGGGUGGGACUGCUGCUGCUGCCUCUCGGAGUCAUCUACUACUACAUACAAAACUUCUACAGGUAUACAUCGCGGGAGCUGAAGCGUCUUUCCACGCUGACCCUGUCGCCCGUCUAUGUCCAUUUCGUGGAGACGCUGUCGGGCCUGGCCACCGUGCGCGCACUGAGGGGUCGAGAUAGGAUGAUUCUGGAGAUGAGUCACCGUCUGGAGGCCAGCCAACAGGCCCGGUUCGCCACGCAGGCCUCCGUGUCGUGGCUCAACUUCCGCCUGCAGCUGAUUGGCGUUUCCAUGGUAACCGGUGUGGCGCUGCUCGCCGUGCUCAAACACCACGUCGGCGUGGAGACGCAUGCCGGUCUGGUCGGACUGGCCAUCUCGUGUGCACUGAGCGUCACCGGCUUCCUUAGUGGCCUGGUCAGCGCCUUUACUGAGACGGAGAAGGAGAUGGUCAGCAUGGAGCGUAUCCAUCACUACAGCUGUACGGCCGGAGAGGGGGACGGCGACGGGAUGGGAGGGGGAGGCUCAGACCAGACGGACGCGGCCGCCCCACCGCCACCGCCGCCGCCGCCCGGGUGGCCGGAACACGGACGGGUCUCCUUUGUCGAUGUGUCACUGCGAUAUAGCGGCUCGCUGCGGCCGGCGCUGUCGGGCGUCUCGUUCACCGUGGAGUCCGGUCAGAGUCUGGGCGUGGUGGGCCGCACCGGCUCCGGCAAGUCCUCCCUCCUAGCCGCCCUGUUCAGGAUGCACCCGACCUGUGGUGGCGCCGUGUUCAUCGAUGAUGUCAACGUCACUGAUGUCAGCGUGGAGACGCUCAGGCGGAGUCUGUCGGUGAUCCCGCAGCAACCGUUCCUGUACAGCGGAACCGUGCGACAGAACCUGGACCCGAGCGGCCUCUGCUCCGACAUACUGCUCUGGGCGGCGCUCACAGAGUGUCACCUCAGGCCGGUUAUUGGCUCCCUGGACAUGGAGCUGAGCGAGCAGGGCCGUCAGCUGUCAAUGGGCCAGCGUCAGCUGCUCUGUGUGGCCCGCGCCCUGCUCCGUCAGUCACAGGUGGUCUGCCUGGACGAGGCCACCGCUAACCUCGACCCGGAGACGGAUCGGCUCGUACAGGCGACCGUGCAGGACAGUCUACGUCACAAGACGGUCAUCAGUAUCGGUCACCGUCUCUCCGCUGUCCGCUGGUGUGACCGGGUGCUGGUCAUGGCCGGUGGGGAGGCCGUGGAGCUGGGGCCGCCCGAUCAGCUCCUGGCCGACCCCGGCUCCGCCUUCAGCGCCCUGUUCAGGCAGCAGGAGAAGGCGGAGGGCACGGGCUCGGACUGAGCAGGUGGGAGAGGUGCGUGUUGAUGGAGGUGGGGCGUGUCAAGAGCCGCCGCGAGAGCGAAGAAUAAAAUAGUGAUCUUUGGCAUCAUGGUGGUCGAUUUUCAAGUCAAAGGUCAAGACGGUCUUGAUACAUGUUAACCUUGAAUUGCAUUGAAAUGCGGGAAAACACCUGCCGACAUUCCUGCGUAGAUGACAUGGCCUUAUCGUGUGCUGUGUACCCGGUAUUUGAAUUGUGGGUUGGGUAAAGUGAUCACGACGUUCGACCUCGCAUGAAAAUCCUCUGUAAAGACCGACAAUUGAUACAGGCGACUAUUUUAGACCUUUGCUGUGUAUCAUCGGUUGGCCUUUUCAACUGCAGUUAUAAUAGUUUUAGUUUUAUUAUAUCUAGUCUUCAUUUCUUCACUGCAUCACCUGUAGUUUUUAGCGAUAUUGUACUUUUAACGAUUAUUGGACCCUCGUUUUAAUGUUCAUACCUCCCACGCUAUUAUGCAUGUAUGACGUCUUUUAAUGUUUAGUUUAUACACAAUCAAUUUGCUCACCACACGUCAGAAGUCCAAUCCCAACUCAGUUGUGUAUGGGCUCUAUAAGUGUUACCAGUGUGUUCAAGUGUUUGUGAUCCGAGCCACUCACCGUUGUGCUCACUGCUCAGUAUCAAUACACGUCCUUCAUGCUAUCUA